CGUAACAGGAAUUCCCCACCACCAUUAAAAAAAUCUUCACACAACCACCAUAAAUGGAGGAUCAUCGUCUUCGAUAUCCUGCACAUCUCAUCUUCUUCAAUUCUCUCUUGAAAUUAACCAGUGAUUGAUCCAUUAGCUACAGAAAUGGAGUUACCUGUGAUCGAUCUGGCGCCGUAUGUGGAUGUAACCUCCGGCAAGUUCACCUGCGAUGAACUCUUGCAUCCGGAACUGAAGAAGGUGUGCUCGGAGGUCAGUCGGAUCCUGAAAGAAACCGGAGCUCUGCUGGUCAGAGAUCCGAGAUGUUCAACUGAAGAUAACGAUCGGUUUAUCGACAUGAUGGAGAAAUACUUCGAACAGCCUGAAGAAGUCAAGCGUGUCCAGGAGCGUCCUCACCAGCAUUAUCAGGUUGGUUCGACACCAGGAGGAGUCGAAAUUCCCCGAAGCUUGGUCGACAUGGAAAUGCAAAAGAAGUUGAGAGCAUUGCCGGAAGAUCGCCGGCCGGCAAUUCCAACUGGUCCUGAUCUUAAAUCGCGAUACAUGUGGAGGGUUGGCCCUCGACCAACAAAAACUCGAUUCCAGGAAUUGAACUCUGCGCCCGUCCUACCAGAAGGGUUUCCCGAGUGGAAAAAGAUCAUGGAUUCUUGGGGUUUCAAAAUGAUAUCCACUGUAGAGGCUGUUGCUGAAAUGGCAGCAAUUGGAUUUGACCUACCAAAGGAUUCAUUCACUAAUUUAAUGAAGCUGGGUCCCCAUCUUCUUGCUCCAACAGGAAGUGAUCUCGGAAGCCAUGGAGAAGAAGGAACUGUGUUUGCAGCAUACCAUUAUGACAUCAACUUUCUAACGAUCCACUAUAAAAGUAAAUUCCCCGGCUUAAGUAUUUGGCUAAGGAAUGGGGAGAAAGUAGAAGUGAAGGUUCCUGAUGGGUGUUUACUUAUUCAGGCCGGCAAACAGUUAGAAUGGAUGACUGCUGGAGACUGUAAGGCUGGUAUGCAUGAAGUCGUUGUAACUAGCAGCACCCUUGAAGCAAUUAAAGCGGCACAGGAAGAAAAUCGAAGCCUCUGGAGGGUAUCCUCAACGCUAUUUUCCAAUGUAGCAUCGGAUGCAAUGUUGAAGCCUCUAGGCCAUUUUGCAAACUCGCCUCUUGCUGAGAAAUACCCACCAAUGCACGCGGGAGAUUAUUUUGAAAAAGAACUUUCCGUGAUCAAUCUUAAAGGAAAGAACGAGGUGCAUUAGAUUAGAAUGAAGUGCGUUCGAGUGAAGAAAGAUCGUAUUGUUGCUUGGAAGGUGCCAAGGCGAAUAAACAAGGUUUGUUUCGUUCAAAGUGUGUUUGCUAUAUAUAUAUGUAUGUAUGUAUGCGAUUUCCUUUCUUUAUUAUGUAAACCAUGCUUGCUAAAUGUAAAACUCAGUAAUAUGUCGUGAUUUUCGGACGCACUUGCGAAUAAAAUCAAUUCAUGUUGGUUCUCCUAUUA